UAUGGAGGAAAAUAGAGAAAUGAGUUGAUCUCACGCCUUUCUCUCUCUCUCUCUCUCUUUCCGGCCACCAGCACCACCACCAUCGUCUGAACUGGCCGUCGAGGGAGCGGUGGGAGAGGCGUCGAUUGGACUCCCAUUGGGCAUCUCGGCCGUCCAUGGGCGUCGUCAGAAGUCUACAGCCAAUGCCGGAGUUGCUGUUUCCAUUUCCUUGUGGGGAGAAGACGGAGGAGAAGGAGCCGUUGGGCGCCUGAGCUCGACAGGGCAACGGCGGAAGAAUCUUGGCCGUAGAUGAAAAUCUGGAGGGUCCAGAAAGACCAGAGGCUGGCGGACCUCAAGCCGGUGCUCAUCAUCCUCCACCUGCUCAUCAAUCUCAGGUACAUCGGCUACCCGGCCGGCAGUCACCGGAAAACUCGACGAAAAAUGCUCUGGUUCGCGAAGCUCUCCGGUUUCGCCUCGUUGGCCAUGGUCAUGAUCGUCCUCUUCCCUCCUUUGCCGUCCGUCCCUCCUGCCGAGGCGUCCCGAGAAGUCCUCCUACAGCCCUUGCCCCAGGCCCUCGCCGCGGGGAACCACUUCGCCUUUCGCAAGGCGCGGGCGUUCCGCAAUGCCGCGGAAUGUGCGCGGCCGGCGCGAGGCGCGGCGACCGUUUGUGACCCGUCGCUGGUGCACGUCGCGAUCACGCUCGACGCCGAGUAUCUUCGGGGAUCGAUGGCCGCCGUUCACUCCGUUUUGCGGCAUUCGGUCUGCCCGGAAAACGUUUUCUUUCACUUCCUUGUCUCCGACCCGGCGGCCUCCUAUUUCGAGCUCCUCCUCCGUUCCACCUUCCCCCUUUUGAGAUUCAAAUUCUACUUCUUCGAUCCCGAUGUCGUCCGUGGGCUCAUCUCGUCGUCGGUCCGGUCGGCGCUCGAGCAGCCGCUCAACUUCGCCCGGAACUACCUCGGCGACCUGCUCGAGCCCUGCGUCCGGCGGGUCAUCUCUCUCGACUCGGACGUCGUCGUCGUCGAUGACAUAGCGAAGCUGUGGGGCACCAAGCUGGGGUCGAGGACCAUCGGAGCGCCGGAAUAUUGCCACGCGAAUUUUACGAAAUACUUCACAAGCGGUUUCUGGACCGACGAGCGGCUAUUCCACACGUUCCGAGGGAGGAAGCCCUGCUACUUCAAUACGGGGGUAAUGGUGAUCGACCUUGAGCGAUGGCGGAGGUUCGGCUACACGCGGCAGCUAGAGCGAUGGAUGGAGGUUCAGAAGGCGCGGCGGAUCUACGAGCUUGGUUCACUUCCGCCCUUCCUCCUCGUCUUCGCCGGGAAAGUGCAGCCGAUCGACCACCGGUGGAACCAGCACGGCCUCGGCGGCGACAACGUCCGGGGAAGCUGCCGAGAUCUGCAUCCCGGUCCGGUUAGUCUGCUCCACUGGAGUGGGAGCGGCAAGCCUUGGAACCGGCUCGACUCCAACCGCCCGUGCCCUCUUGACUCGCUCUGGGCUCCUUACGACCUCUAUGACCCUUCUUCCUCCUCCGCCUCUGCCUCCUCCUAGUGCCAGUCGCGAAAAAGGGAAACCUUUCCACAGUGGCCGUUUCCGGCGUGCAGCCGCCGGACAAGGGGGCCAGUUCGUGGUCCGUUAUCUCUUUCUUCUUCCAUUUUUCUUCUUAUUUUUCAGUUUUUUGGAUUAAUUGCUGUUGAUUCUCGUUGUUCUUCUUUCAUAUUUUUGUUGGGAUUAUAUAAUUACAUUUCUCUUGUA